CACACCCAGGGAAGUGUGAGGUGAGCAAGGGUGUAGGCGAGUCCUUCCACUCACGCUCUUGUGGAUGGACACACCCAGAAGAUGGCGGACCUAGGGACAAAUGGCAACACCCUGAGAGAGUAACAGACGUGCCUAUGGUCUUCUGGAGCCGAACCAGCAACCUCUCCCUGGACUCCUAGGACAGACUUGCAAUGUGGUUAAGCCGCCCCAACAGGCUCACCGUGUUUCUGUCUCACUGACUUGAGUGGCACCGAGCUCUGGCUCAGUCCUAGGGAAGCCUGGAGUGUGCAGGGUUGGGGGCAGCAAGGCGGGUCAGCAACUGCUUAGGAGAAGUGGGCUACUUCACGUGUUCUUGGAGACGCGGAGCUCCUGGGACCUGCUGCUCUCGGCCAUGACAUUGGCGAGGGGAUGGCUCCUGUUCUUGGCUUUCAACAUAAACCUGGCCCAGAAGAAUCUGGAAGAGGUGCCAGUGCAGCCAGACUUUGAUUCACGUAAGGUGGAAGGACGUUGGCUUACCAUCCAGCUGGCCACUAGCCACAGGGACCUGGUCUUGCCCACUGACCCCCUGAGGCUUUCUCUCUACUCCAUUGGGACCAGAGACAGUGGGGAUGUGGACUUUGUGCUGUUUGAGAAAGGAGAAGGAAUAUGCACAGGACUGAAUGUUACCGUCCACCCAACGGGACUCCCGGGCCAGUACCAAGGAACCUUUGAGGAGGGUAGCAUGCACGUCCAUUUCGUCAGCACCGACUACAACCACCUCAUUCUUUAUGUACGCUUGGAGGACAACGAAGUCAUCAACCUGUGGGCACUUCUGGCGAGAAGAAUGCUUGUGGACCCUACGUGGCUGGGGAAGUACCUGGUGUUUGUAGAGAGAUUCCACCUUCAAAAGGCCCCCAUCUUCAACACAGCUGACAAGUGUCCUCCACAUAAGGACCUAGAUGAGGCCACUGCUUGAGGCUUCCUCCCACCUGGGCCCCUUCACCCUCUGCUGAUUCAGCUCCCCUUCUUACCAUGGCCAGAAGCUCAGGAAGCCCCUGUGCAGCCCCUAGGGGCCUGGAGCCUGGACCCCUGCCUGCCUGGUCCUCCCCCACCCCCUUCCUCUUGGUGGUAACCAAGUCCCGUCAAACAACACAAAGGGACCCCCAAGGUUCCCCGGAGGCUUAAGAGCUAUGAACUUGAAAGAAAGUGAGCAAAUCUAGGUGUCCUUACAGAAAAUGCCCCAUUCUUGGGCACAGAAAAUUUACUUAGGGGAUGAAGAGUGGUCCAGGGACAGGGUGCUUGCCCAGCAUGCUCAAGAUCUGGCUUCUAUCCAUCUUUGGUUGCAGGCAAAAAAAAAAAAAAGUAACUUGAAUACGUAGAGAUGUGACAUUCCUGUGUAACCUUCAAUGUUUUUGGAAACGUGUCCCUCACUCUGUAAUAAACAAAGAGACUGGUG